AUUUUAGAUCCACUAGGUAACUAGGUACAGUAUAGGCAGUCAGUAGCAUGGGAAACACCAACUCGUCUCCCCCUCCACCCACCCCCGCUCCUACCCCGGCCCCCACUGCGCAACCCACACCAGCGCUCGCCCUCACUCCCGGGGCCAUUCUCGCGGCUGGCGUCGCGGUGCAGGAUACCACGCUGGACUUGCAAUGCCCCGACCCGUCGUUUCGAAUCACUCGCGUCUUGUUCGCAUCGUACGGGCAGCCCAGUGGCGAAGGCCUUCGAGUCAAGUACGGUGUCGCGCACGCCUUAACGUCCCAGUCCAAGGUCGAAGCCGCCUGCUUGACCAACAACGCGUGCUCCGUCACCGCCUCGGACGCGACGUUUGGCUCGCCAACGUCAGGGGCCAAGAAACUAGCAGUCACGGCGGAAUGCACGCAACAAGUGCAAUAUGCCGCAGCAAUCAAAGUCGCCGAGAACAGCAAGCUGACGCUAGCUUGCGAAAGCGGCUACGAGAUCUACGGCAUUACGGCUGCCACUUACGGACUUCCCAAAGGCACUUGCAGUGCGUGGGCGCCCACGGGGACGUCGUGGCAAUGCGUGGGGGAUAUCUACACCCCCAUUCGAUUGCAUCCGGUCACGGGGGAUGUUGAAUGCAUGUCGUUGAACCACCACGACUGCCUCUGGAAGUCGUCAACGUCGACCUGCGAGAAAGUGCUGGGGACGGACGAGUCGACGCUGUCGCCACUAGCGUGCGGAUUCCAGCACAACAAGGAGUGGGGCCAGCCUGGCUACAACGCGACCGGCAACCACUGGUGCGAAACAGGGCGAAAGAUGCUCACUGCGCCGUGCCUUGGCUCGUGCAACGCGGCCUCCAGCUACACCGUGUUGAAUUCGGUGUGUCUCAACCAGCAAACGUGCACGGUCCCUGCUCACAACGCGGUGUUUUCCGACCCAUGUGUGGGAACUGUCAAGUCCUUGGCCGUGUCGUACCGAUGCCGCCAAACCUCCAAGUACGUUGGGCCCAUCUACACUGCGUACCAGCCAGCGAAAUGCACCACUGAUGUCCUCUAGACUGCAUAUAACGUGAAUAUACAGUUUGAAUGGAAUUCAGUAGUCGGCAGAAGCUACACGCUUUCCCAAAA